UAAGGCCCGAGAUUUAAGGCAAUGAAAAAAUGGAGGAACAAAAGGCACUAUCAUGUUUGACAAAAGGCCUUUAGGCGCUUACGGGGACACCAAGUUCAGUUCUGUCCGAGGGUUACAUCCGGGAUAGAACUGCUCGACUCUGCCCCCACUGGAGCGUGAUAAGAAGAACGGGUUUUCACCCCACCUCUCUUAGUGCAUCCUAUAAUCGGUCUUAGUUUCUUAGCAAUAGGCCGGAAGUCCCGAGCGACCUGUUAAGAGUCUGGUGCAUUCCCGUCUCGUCAGGAGCCAGGCGUGUCACAAGACUUUCCGCGGUGGCUGCUUUCAUUUGCCUUUUGAAUUCCUGCUUUGCAGACAGCCAUGGCAGCCCGAGUCCUUGUGAUUGGCAAUGGAGGAAGGGAACAUACACUGGCCUGGAAACUUGCACAAUCUCAUCACGUCAAACAAGUAUUGGUUGCCCCAGGAAAUGCAGGCACUGCAUGCUCUGGAAGGAUUUCAAAUACUGACAUCUCAAUCAGUGAUCAUGCUACCCUUGCUCAGUUCUGCAAAGAUGAGAAAAUUGAAUUUGUAGUUGUUGGACCAGAGGCGCCUCUGGCUGCUGGAAUUGUUGGGAAUCUGACAGCUGCAGGCGUGCGAUGCUUUGGUCCCACAGCUGAAGCAGCUCAGUUGGAGUCCAGCAAAAGGUUUGCUAAAGAGUUUAUGGACCGACAUGGAAUCCCAACUGCAAAAUGGAGAGCUUUCACCAAACCUGAGGAGGCCUGCAAUUUCAUUAUGAGUGCUGACUUCCCUGCUUUGGUUGUGAAAGCCAGUGGUCUUGCGGCUGGGAAAGGAGUGAUAGUUGCAAGGAGCAAAGAAGAGGCCUGCAGAGCUGUGCAGGAGAUCAUGCAAGAUAAAGCUUUUGGAGCAGCUGGAGAAACAAUUGUCAUCGAAGAACUUCUUGUAGGAGAAGAGGUGUCUUGUCUGUGUUUCACCGACGGAAGGACUGUGGCCCCCAUGCCCCCAGCUCAGGACCAUAAGCGACUGCUGGAGGGAGAUCACGGCCCCAACACGGGGGGCAUGGGGGCCUAUUGUCCAGCCCCUCAGGUUUCUAAGGGUACGUUACUAAAAAUUAAAACUAACGUUCUUCAGAAGACAGUGGAUGGCAUGCAGCAGGAAGGUACUCCGUACACAGGUGUUCUGUAUGCUGGUAUAAUGCUGACCAAGGAUGGCCCAAAAGUUCUAGAGUUUAAUUGCCGUUUUGGUGAUCCAGAGUGCCAAGUAAUCCUCCCACUUCUUAAAAGUGAUCUUUAUGAAGUGAUUCAGUCUGCUUUAGAUGGCCUGCUCUGCACAUCUCUGCCUGUUUGGCUUGAAAACUGCGCUGCCAUAACUAUUGUUAUGGCAAGUAAAGGUUAUCCUGGAGACUACGCCAAGGGUGUGGAGAUAACAGGAUUUCCUGAGGCUCAGGCUUUAGGCCUGGAAGUGUUCCAAGCAGGCACUGCCCUGAGAGAUGGCAAAGUGGUGACCAGCGGGGGUAGAGUCCUGACAGUAACAGCCAUUCGGGAAAAUCUCCCAUCAGCACUUGAAGAAGCCAAGAAAGGACUUGCUGCUAUAAAGUUUGAGGGGGCCAUUUAUAGGAAGGACAUUGGCCAUCGUGCCAUAGCUUUCCUCCAGCAGCCCAGGGGCCUGACUUACAAGGAAUCUGGGGUAGAUAUUGCUGCUGGAAAUAUGCUGGUCCAGAAAAUUAAGCCUUUAGCAAAAGCCACCUCCAGACCAGGCUGUGAAGUUGAUCUUGGAGGUUUUGCUGGUCUUUUUGAUUUGAAAGCAGCCGGUUUCAAAGAUCCUCUUCUGGCCUCUGGAACAGAUGGCGUUGGAACAAAACUGAAAAUUGCCCAGCUGUGCAAUAAACAUGAUACCAUCGGUCAAGACUUGGUUGCAAUGUGUGUAAAUGAUAUUCUGGCACAAGGAGCAGAGCCUCUCUUCUUCCUCGAUUACUUUUCAUGUGGAAAACUUGACCUCAAUACAACUGAAGCUGUUGUCGCUGGGAUUGCUAAAGCUUGUAGAAAAGCUGGUUGUGCUCUCCUUGGAGGUGAGACCGCUGAAAUGCCUGACAUGUAUCCACCUGGAGAAUAUGACCUUGCUGGUUUUGCUGUUGGCGCCAUGGAGCGGGAUCAGAAACUCCCUCACCUGGAAAGAAUCGCUGAAGGGGAUGUGGUGAUUGGAGUAGCUUCUUCCGGUCUCCACAGCAAUGGAUUUAGCCUUGUGAGGAAAAUUGUGGCGCAGUCUUCCCUCCAAUACUGCUCUCUAGCCCCUGAUGGUUGUGGUGAGCAGACUUUAGGGGACUUACUUCUAACUCCAACCAGAAUAUACAGCCAGACACUGUUACCUGUCCUACGUUCCGGACAUGUCAAUGCCUUUGCCCACAUUACUGGAGGAGGAUUGCUAGAAAACAUCCCCAGAGUCCUCCCUCAGAAAUUUGGGGUGGAUUUAGAUGCCCAGACCUGGAGGAUCCCCAGGAUUUUCUCAUGGUUACAGCAGGAAGGACACCUCUCUGAAGAAGAGAUGGCCAGAACAUUUAACUGUGGAAUCGGGGCUGCCCUCGUGGUACCUAAGGAUCUGACAGAGCAGAUUCUGAGGGAUAUUCAGCAGCACAAGGAAGAAGCUUGGGUGAUUGGUAGUGUGGUUGCAUGUCCUGCAGGUUCCCCUCGUGUGAAAGUCAAGCAUCUGAUUGAAACCAUGCAGAUAAAUGGGUCAGUGUUGGAGAAUGGCUCCCUGGAAAAUCAUUUCUCUAUCCAACCAAAAAAGGCAAGAGUGGCUGUCUUAAUAUCUGGAACAGGAUCAAACCUCCAGGCCCUCAUAGACGGUACUCAAGGACCAAAUAGCUCUGCACACAUUGUUGUGGUUAUCUCCAACAAAGCCAACGUGGCUGGGUUAGAUAAGGCACAAAGAGCUGGUAUUCCCACCAGAGUAAUUGAUCAUAAAUUAUAUAAAAGUCGUGUCAAUUUUGACAGUGCAGUUGACCAGAUCCUUGAAGAGUUCUCCGUAGACAUAGUUUGUCUUGCAGGAUUCAUGAGAAUUUUGUCGGGCCCCUUUGUCAAAAAAUGGAAUGGGAAAAUGCUCAACAUCCACCCAUCUUUGCUACCUUCUUUUAAGGGUUCAAAUGCCCAUGAGCAAGCCCUGGAAGCUGGAGUCACAGUCACUGGGUGCACCGUACACUUUGUAGCUGAAGCCGUAGAUGCUGGACAAAUUAUUUUGCAAGAAGCUGUUCCAGUGAAGAGGGGUGACACUGUUGAGAUUCUAUCUGAAAGAGUAAAAUUAGCAGAACAUAAAAUAUUUCCUGCAGCCCUACAGCUGGUGGCCAGUGGAACAGUGCAGCUUGGAGAAAAUGGCAAGAUCUGUUGGGUCAAAGAAGAAUGAAGCCUCCUAAUUCAGAAAUGGAUCAUUUUUGAAAGAGUUUCAGCUAUUUGCACAAUGGCUUUUUAGUGUGGACACUGCCCAAAAGAAAAACUGCUAUUAGAAACCCUCAUCUUUUACUCUUUGGCCAUUUAUUUUAUGAACAGAUUUAUUUUAAAAAGGGACUAGUGCAGCACAAGUAGGAGUGCUUUAAGGAACCUGUCAACUUCAUACCCAGUAUCACCUAGUAGAACUAAUGCCUAAGACACAUUUAUCUUCUCUUGGUUCUUCGGCUUUUACCUGUUUAGGACCAUCUUGUUCACAAUCAAGCUAGUCACGGCAGAAUUCCUUUCAAUAUCAGCCAAACAAGAUACCAAAAUUCUUACUCUUUCUUAAUCCUCCCUUUCUGACCAAUAUCACCUCCAUUGUUAUAAGUUUCGUAAGUCUAAUAAGCUAAUGUCUCUCCUGCAUAUUGCAUAUCUCUGCUGAUUUGAAUUGAGACUUCUCAGAUUAUCCUGAUCAUACCUUUGUGUCAUACUGAAGCAUAUGCAUAUUCUUUGUGCUUUGAAAUAUCAUUCAAGAUGCCUCUAAUGAUUAGCACUUUCUGUAGUACCCAAUUUUUAGCUUCACAGUUACUCCAAGAAUUAUAAACAUCCAUGCUCUUUAUAAAUCAUAGAGAACUGAAUGGAGUGCUUGGUGACAUCUAGAUUGAAACAUAGGACCUUAGACACGUUA